AUGGCAACAAAGCAUCGCUCGAGUGUGGAAUUGGAAUCGCUACCCCAUGACGUGAUAGAGCUGAUCCUCGAGAGGCCUCCUGUGAAGUUUCUGCUCAGAUACAAGAUCGUGUGCAAGCUCUGGAGAUCGACAAUCCCUUCACAACGUUUCCAAGAGGCGCAGUUGCUCCGUAGAAGGCAAUUACAAUGUCCGGACAUACUCUUCGCGUCCUUUGAUCAAGAGAAACCUCCAGCAAGGACGCUUACGCUUGGGUCCUCACUGGUUUGCAAUGUGAAGUUCCCUACAUCAAAUACAUUAGUUUGCCAUGCAGAUUGUGAAGGUAUGCUCUGCAUGUACUCGUACUACACACCCAUCAUCAUCAUCAACCCAGCUACGAGAAUGCAAGAAAGCUUUCCUCUCUCCAAGAUUCAAGAGUAG